CACACGCACCAGAAAGAGAGAGAAAAAUAUAGUGAGAGAGAGAGAGAAAGACUGAGAGUUUCUCCGACCUGCAGCCUCGUCUUUCGCCUGUUUUUAAGAGCAAAAGAGAAGAACAGAAAAAAAGAAAAAGAGAAGAAAAUUUUCUGUUCGAAAUUCAAAGUAGAUUCUACUUACAUGCAUUUGCCUGCUCGGUAGCCAGUUCUCUGGACCACAAUCACACAGUUAGGCUGAAUUCCAAGUUCUUGUAUAUAUUUGUUGAAGCAUUUGGAGCUGAAACGUAAAGCAAAUCGGCGUAAUUCAGAUAAAAUAAUCCUGGCGUCAAUGAUUUAAAGCUCUGUUUGAUAAUUGUUCAAUCGGAGCUGAAUUGUGCGCACAAAAAUUUUCUCGGGAAGUUUGGUGGUACUUCCGUCUUGUUUUUUAAAUCUACAGUGAAUUUCCAUUAAGAUCAGGCCGUGUAUCAAACGGAGUUAAGAGGAAUGCGCCCCCAGCAAGAGGAGUGACUUUUCUGAGAAUACUGUUACUUCUCUGUAUGAAACGGAUCUGAGAAACGAUUUCCAGGGUUUUAAUUCAGUUCCUCUCCAGAUCAAAAGAAAGAUUGCCGAGAAUUCAGUAGUUAUUCUUCCAGAAUUCAGUUCUGGAAAAUAUUGAAUUUCAUAAUUCGUUACGUCUUCCAUGGAGCUUCCUCAAUCUCGUCCAUACAACGCUGAAGGACGGAAACCAACGCAUGACUUUCUUUCACUGUACAGUCAUUCAACUGCACAACAAGAUCCAAGGCCACCUUCUCAAGGGAAUGAUUAUCUCAAAACUAAAGACUUCUUACAACCUUUGGAGAUGAUAGGGAAGGGAGGCACCAAAGAAGAAACUGCAAUUGAGAUUUCAAGUGUUGAAAAGCGGCCACCUCCGGCACUGGUACCGCCGUCGGUGGAGCACAUUCUUCCUGGGGGAAUUGGGACUUAUAGCAUAAACCACAUUUCCUAUUACAACCCAAAGGCUGUUCCGAAGCCAGAGGGGACCAUGUUUGAUGUUGCUCAUCAAGCGAGUAGUACGGACAAAAAUGAGGAGAAUUCAAACUGCAGUUCUUACACUGGAAGUGGAUUCACAUUGUGGGAAGAAUCAUCAGUGAAGAAGGGAAAGACAGGGAAGGAGAAUGCCGGAGACAGAACCAUUAAUGUAAGAGAAGCGGGAUCGAAGGUGGGACACGGGACUACGUCGGAGAGGCUGUCACAAUCGUCCGCAAACAACCAUCACAACACCUUGAGGGGAACAGGGCAGAAGAGCCAGAGCUUCGUAGAGAUGAUUAAAUCGGCCAAGCUUAGUAGCCAGGACGAUGAACUUGAGGAGGAGGAGGAGUUCAUCCUCAAGCAAGAAAGCCCUACACCGCCUCCAGCAAGAGAAUUGCGGGUGAAAGUGGAUGGGAAGACGAUUGAUCAGAAGGUUAACACACCAAGGUCAAAACAUUCUGCAACUGAGCAACGAAGGAGGAGUAAAAUAAAUGACAGAUUUGUAAUGCUGAGAGAGAUCAUUCCCAAUGGUGAUCAAAAGAGGGACAAGGCAUCUUUCUUAUUGGAGGUUAUUGAGUAUAUUCAGUUUUUACAGGAAAAAGUAAACAAGUAUGAGGGGCCAUACCAAGGAUGGAACCAUGAAUCAACGAAACUAGAGCCAUGGCAGAGAAAUGGUAACAGGUCAACGGAAAGUUAUGCUGAGCAAUCACGAAGCAGAAACAGUGGCUCUGGGCCUGCAUUGUUUUUUUCCCCAAAGCUUGAUGAGAUAAGUAUCGCAAUGUCCCAAACCAUUCCUGGAAGUGCACACAAGACAGUGGAUUCUGACUUGAGCUCUGCUACAGCAAUGAAAGCAAUAGAUCACUAUUCCAUAAUAGCAAAUAAGGAUAUACCCUUUCCUAUGUCCCUACAGCCACACUUUUUGACUCCUUUGGGAAAUGGUACCGUAGCGACUCAACUUCCAUCUAGAAUGGCAUCUGAUGCAGAGAACCAGGCAACACAGCCUGCCCAAUCCUUCCAUACCAGAUCAAAUACUGGUGGCACUGGAAUUAGUGAUAAGCUGAAAGAAGAGGAACUGGCUAUUGAAGGGGGUACAAUUAGCAUCUCAAGUGUGUACUCACGAGGGUUGUUAAAUACUCUGACGCAAGCGCUGCAGAGUUCUGGAGUGGAUUUGUCUGGGGCCAAUAUCUCAGUGCAAAUAGAGCUGGGGAAGCAAGCAAGUGGUGCACCAACUUCUUCGACACCAAUUGCCAAGGAUGAGGUACCCUCUAGCAAUUUAGGAACAAUACGUUCUCGGGUUGUAGGUGGGGAGUGCUCUGAUCCCGCUCGCAAGAAACUCAAGACUGGCAGCAGCUAGAAUGGCAGCUAUAUAACAUUCUUUUUCUAAUUAAUUUAUUCUUUUUAUUUGGCACCUUCCACACCUUCAGGGGGUUCAUUCAUGUCUUUUCCUGGUCUAUUAGCCAUCUGAUGAUGACCAUGAAAUGAAGAUUUAUGUACAUGUAGUGGUUUUCAAAAUUUUCUUUCUUUCUUUGGAGUGGCUUUCAAUUUGUUGGGAUGCACCCAUGUACUGUAAUGUUUAUCUUCUCUUUUUGCUUUCAGUAUCGAGGCUUCCAUGCUAAAAUUGUGAAGCCUUUUAUUUCUCA